UUUUUCAGAUACUUAAUCUAAGAAUGUCGAAUUUCUUUAACAAAAAUAGUAAAGUUGAUCGUUCAUUCGUAAAUAAUUUUAAAGCUUUGCCUUUUAAUCCUCCUAAUUGGACUAAUCAAAAAAUGGAUAUUUGUACGGCUGCUUCGAUUGGCAAUUAUGCGCUUGUUGAGGAAUAUAUCCAAAAUGAUAAGGAAUUGGUAAACUACAAAAACAAACAUGGAUGGACUCCUUUAAUGUUCGCAGCACAAGCGGGAAAUUGCGAAGUUUGUCAACUUUUAUUGGAUAACGGUGCGAUUUUGGAUGUUAAGAAUAACAAAAGGAAGAAUGCUAAAGAAUUGGCUAGUGAUUGGGGGCACAAAAGCAUUAUAAGUAUUUUGGACGAAAAAAAUUGA